AUCGCCGCCAGCGUUCAGGCUGAAUCCAUGGCGGCCCACACUCAGGCCGCAGCCUACGCCAGCGUGGCCGCGCCUCCUGCAACCGACUUCGGCUUGGAUGAUAUCGGGACAUACAUCUAUCAAAUCUCAGUCUCGAACCCAAACCCCACCACCAUCGGACCCUCCAAUCUUGGCUUGACUGACUUCCUUCGACACUGGGCGCGCCAGAGCCGAAUUCUGCAGGGCAUGGCUCGAGGUAUCUGUCCGUGGCCGGCCAAGAUCAACUCGCUCGAAACUUCCCAGGCCGCAUCGGUCGAGUAUGAAGAUCUGGAAGGAGACGAGUGCGAUCUCCAGGGAGUCGACUGGGAAGACAUUGGCGUCACGAGGAGGGAUGCUAGAGAGCGCCGGUUAUUGACCUACAGCAACUAUGUCAACUUGCCAGGGUCCGACAGGUGGACGCCCAAUCUCCCCGAUGUUGCCCUUCCACGCAGCGAGAGUUUCUUCCGCUUCCGCCGCAUGGACAUCCGGCAGAACAUCCACUUGGCACACUUCCAGCUCCGCCACGUGUUCGCAACCUCCUCGCGCUCGCGCGUCUUCUACCCUUCUAUCGGCGCCGUCCAGCAAUUUAAUCCACUGUCUGGCCAUGGCCGUGCUAUCAUGCGGCUUAGCGAUGCGCCCGCCUCGCAAAUAUCCACCCUGGCGACCGGCCACGGCGUUCUGAUUGCAGGCGGUUUUGGCGGUGAGUACAUACUUCGCCAUCUGGACUCGGGCGAACCCGAAGACGCGGCUUGCCACGAGGGUGUCAUCACCAGCAGCAUCAGCGGCAUCACGAACCAUAUCGACGUCCACCAGGCCCGGACGUCCUCCGUGCCGCUGGCGGCCUUCGCCUCCAACGACAAUGUCCUGCGCGUCCUGGACGUCAAUACCGAGACCUGGCUGUCGCAAGAAACCCACGACUUCGCCCCCAACUGCACGGCCACGUCCCCCGACGGUCGGCUGCGCGUCAUGGUGGGCGACACGCUCGACGUCGUCAUCACGGCCGCCGAGUCGCGACUCUCCGGCUCCGGAGAGCCCGACAUCACGCACAGGCUGUCGGGCCACCGCGAUUACGGCUUUGCGUGCGACUGGGCCGACGACGGCUGGACCAUCGCCACGGCCUUCCAGGACAAGACGGUCAAGAUUUGGGACGCCCGCCGGCUCACCGACAGCGCGGGCAACGCCGCGUCGCUAUGUACCAUACGCAGCGAGAUGGCCGGCGUGCGCAGCCUGCGCUUCUCGCCCGUCGGCAGCGGGAGACGGGUCCUCGUCGCGGCCGAAGAGGCCGACUUUGUCAACGUCAUCGACGCCCGGACUUUUCGGUCCAAGCAGACCAUCGACGUGUUCGGCGAGCUGGGAGGUAUCUCGUUCGAGAACGCCGGCCAGGACUUGAUGGUCCUGUGCUGCGACCGCACGCGGGGCGGCAUCUUGCAGCUGGAGAGGUGCGGCCAGGGUCUGGAGGAAGAGGAUCGUGACUGGCCACGGUCUGUCUUCACCGAGGGGAGGCGGUUCAGAGAGAGCGCGUCGCGCAGGCGCAGGAAGGCUGCUGCUCUCGACGUGGAAGUGGACCCCUUUUGA